AGCACUAGUGUAAAAAUCAAUUCCCACAUCCUAAUAGAUAGUGUAUACUCUUUCACCCUUGUCUCUUUUUUUCUUCAUCCUUUUCAAUUUCUCCUUCCCAACCCCUCUGUCAGUUUGUUUCAAUUUCCAUUCAAGCCAAAACCGCUGCUCUGCGUAACCUCUCUCGGGCAAGGUCAAUUCCAAAGAGCUUGAAAUAGUAAUGAGAUCAUUGGGGCGGAGCUUGUCAGAAGCAGAGCUGGAAGAAAUGAUCAAAGAAGCGGACACCGAUGGGAGCGGCACGGUAGACUUCAACGAGUUCAUUGAGCUAAUGGCUUCUAAGAAUGUGGGUCGUGAGGAGGAGGAAGAGUUGAAGGAUACUCUCAACCAGAAGUUGAAUGAUGCAGAAGUGGAGGAGUUGAUGAAGGAGGCAAAUGUGGACAACAAUGGGGUGAUUGAUUACCAACAGUUUGUGAAUGUUAUCAUGUCAUGAUUAGGUCAUUACACCCUCACUAAUUCAAGUACUGUAAAAUGAGAUCUUGGCAUAUUGCAGAGAACGCUAACAAUAAUUUCAUAAAUAAUCUUUUAUAAUAGAGGAUUUUCCAGAUUUAAUCCUCGAUUCUAAAAUAUUGCAUUCCUGGUCUUUGAUUAUUGAAAAACAUUCCAUAACUACUUUUUAAGGCCUAAUACAAUAAAUAUUUUUUCCGUCU